UUUUCAAACCAACUUCAAUCAACAAAAUCGCCUUCGUCCAUGGCAACCGACUUCCCGGUACCCUUGGAACGCGCCCCUGCACCGCUGCUGCUGAGAUUCAAUACUAGCGGCGCUGGAAGGGCUGAGGCGGAGUAUGGUGAGGAGGAACCGCCGGCCAAGAGGUGUUUGACUCGCCUCCUGCGUGAAGACGCCACCUCCAAACGCCCACGGGCGGACGCGGCGGAUGAGGAGGAGCGGCUGCGGGUGCUUCGAGAGGCGCAGGAGGCAGCGCUGGAAGGGGCGCGGAAAAUGACGCAGGUGGCGACGCUGUUGGGCGUCCCCUGGGGGGAGCAACAGGUGCGCUUUUUGAAGCUCCACCCAGUGGUGCCCAAGAAAAUCGACCUGGAGGAGAUCCUGAAGAACUGCUUUGCCAGCUCUGAGGCGUCCGAGGAGCGACGCCAGGAAUUGCUGGAGGUGGCCGGGAAACGAUUGACGGAUGCCAUGUCGCAACAACACACCCAGAUGGAAGAGGCCGUUUUGUUCCUGGGCCACCGCUGGCCACUGCUUUCCUCCGCUGGGCAAUGUGCGGUGGAAGUAGCCCCGGCGGAAUGGAUUCAAGACCUCCUGCCAAGGGCGUUGGUGCGAGUGGCAACUAAUCCUAAGAGAGGGGUUUGCUUGAGUUUUCCCUCAGAGAUGUCUCGGCUCAUUCAACCUCGCAGAGAACUCUUUCUGACCUUCUCUUCAAAAAAAUUGGGAGCUGGCGGAGCCGGCAGCAGUCACGGCAGUCAGCAGGUCCCUGCCAGUGACUAUGAUUCCCUGCCUCGGCCGGAAGCCCUGCACGAAGCGCUACUUGAAGCACAGCGCUUUCUUUUGGACGCGGCAAUCUUUCAGCGCUUCCGACAAGGAGUUCUUUCAACCGCUGCGUUGGGCACCUGGACGCUUCGGAGGGUCGGCUUGAGUGAGGUCAGCUUCAUGGUCGUGCUAGAUGCCGAUGAGGUGGUCGAGCUUACCCUGGGCCUCCAAAAGAAAGUGCAGGCGGAGGCCUCAACGUCCUUGUGGAGUUGGCUGGCGGAGUGUUGCUUGCUACAGCUGCGAGAGAGACAUGUGGCGCCAAAGACUGCGUCAACAGAUCUGGUUGAAGAAGCUGCUCGCAGGUUUUAGAGACGC